AUGCCUCUCACUUCUGAUGUCGUCAUCGAUGCGGGGAAAUUCGACCCCGCCAACAAUACCGAACAAGCUAAUAAUCUCAAUCGACUUCUGAUUGAGAGAGCAGCCUCAGCACCAAAAUGGUAUGAAGUUGGAGCUCCCAAAUAUCGAGAAAUGGUAUGGGCUGGAGAAACGCCAACUCCUGUUCCAACCGUUUCGCCAGAUGGAAUCAACUUCAAAAUAGGUUCACGAGAAGCCGGGAGAGACAUACCAUGUAGGGUCAUAUAUCCGUCGAGUCGGAAGACAGAUGGAGAAAGGAAUAAUUGUAAAGGUUCUUUUUUGCAUUUUCAUGGAGGUGGAUGGACGCUCGGUGAUGAGAGAUCCCAGGACCGACUUCUGCAAUUUUAUGCCGACACUGGUGAUCUGGCUGCUAUUUCUAUCGGAUACAGGCUUGGUCCAGAGCAUCCGUUUCCACGAGGGCCGGAAGAUUGUAUCGAUGCAGGAGAACAUGUGUUCAAGAACUCCGAGAAAGACUACGGAGGACCAUUAAAGUUUAUCGGCGGUGAGGUAUGUCGGAGUUAAAGUCUCGUCGCAAGUGAAAAAUCGACCAAGAUACUUGGUCAAGUCAAAUGGCAGUAAUGAUCAGAAUGAUGCUUCGCUCAGAAGCUGAUUUUCUUGAGUUACUCUUUUGAUAGUCUCUUUUUCCUCGCCUAUAAGCUGGCCUAGUCGAUUUAUAUAUAUAAUUUCUAAUUACAAUUCAUACAGUCGGCUGGCGGUCACCUUUCUGUGGUGACUUUAUUCCAUCUCCUUAAGACGUACCCGGAUCUCCACAUCCUCGGCCUCGUACUCAACUUUGGCUGCUACGAUCUCACCAAGCUCCCACUACACAUUAACAUGACGCACGCCGCCAUCAUCCCAGAAACCAUGGCUAACCAGUUCCGCGACUCCUUCAUGCCCAACAUGUCUCUGGCGCAGAAGAAGACACCGGCCGUCUCACCCUUCUACGAGGAUCUGGGGCCCUUCCGUGGUCGUCUCCCGGGUGCUUUAUUAACAUGUGGCACGGAGGAUCCGUUGCUGGAUGAUAGUGUGCUUAUGGGCAUGCGGUGGAUGAUGGCGGGUGGAACGGCCUUCAUUAAGAUUUAUACGGGUGCGCCGCAUGGGUUUCUUGUUGUUCCUGUUGCGAUGUUGAAGGAGGCUGAGCAGUGUUAUGGGGAUAUUAGGACGUAUAUUGUGGAUUUGAUGGAGAUGGAUGGGGAGAAGGCGUAGCUGGGGCUUGGGGGGUUUUAUGUAAUGUCUUUGAGGAUUUCUAACUAUUAUGUCUUUUGUAAUUGUAAUUGUAGCUUUCAUUUCAUU